AUGACAAAGAGAAUCUUACACCAAGGGGAGGUUGAACUCCUUUUUGUUAAAUCAAAGGCAUAUCUCCACCCAACGCCAUCAAAGAGAGACAAUGUUGCUGGCUUUUUGUCACUUUCGCGACCCCCAAACUCGACUAAUUUGGAUAUUAUUUUAGCAUUUACCCCUGAAUCACAAUUGAGUAAAGAAGAGAUUAAGGUUUACAAUGAAGUUGACGUGGAGGAUGUUGAUCUCAACUUGAGCGCAUUCAAGAAGCAUGGCAAAGCUAGAGGUGACAGGAUUGUGUCAAAACCAAGUGCAAGCAUCCUCAGCUCAUAUGCAUUCACAACCACACUCUCCUAUAUCUAUAGCAUCCAGUUUAGAAACCCAAGCCAUGGUUACUACUAUGGAAGCAUAGUUAUCAACACACAAGAUGGUGAGAAAUUGCCAAUUGUGUUUUUCCACGACGACGAAUCACCAUCAACAAUCAAGAAUCAAAAGCUACAAAAUAAGCAGUUUGAUCCAUUUGCCGACGGAGAGUUGUACUGGGGUGCCCUUGAUCUCUUGAAUGUGUUGAAAAGCUUAGUGAAUAUUGAAAAGUCAACUAUUGAGCCAAGUGUGUACUUGGUCAACCCCCAAUCCGAGGAUUUGAGGAAUUUUGCUCCCUUCAAAAAGAAAGAAGUCAAGGAGGAACCACCAAAUGGGUUCCAACUUCCUGAUGUUAACAAAAUGUUCAACACUGCAAAGUGGAAAGUGUUGGAAACUGUUGCAACCUUCACUGCCAAGACAAAGAAUCAAGUGGUUGAUUUGAUUGAGGAAAAUGCGCCAGUACAGGUCAAACAAUUGAUGGUGCAGCAGCCUCAGUUGGUAAAACUUGGUGACGACUUUGAUUCAGCUAGAAUGUAUCUUGCCAACUGGGCCCAGCAGGUGAAACAGGAUGCAGAGUCGUCAAAGUAUGUUACUGAUGACGAGAUUUACGAACGAAUCAGUCGCGAAUUAAAUUCGAAUAAGUUGCUAACGCAGGAGGAGAUAAGUCGCACUUCUCGAAUGAAACCGGUGAGUGUUCAAGAGUGGGAAGGCUUUUUUGACCACACUGGGAGAUUGAGCGUGACAGUGAAGGAGGUGAAGGAUAGAAUAUUCCACGGUGGACUUGAGGACGAGGUAAGGAGCGAAGCUUGGUUGUUUUUGCUAAAAGUGUAUCCGUGGGACUCAUCCAGUGAAGAGCGAGAGGUUUUAAAGAAAUCAUAUGCUUCAAGGUAUGACGAAUUGAAGCUCAAGUGGGUUGAUGAUGCUGACAGGAGAAACACUGAGUACUUUAAAGAUCAGAAAUUCAAAAUAGAAAAAGACGUGAAUCGUACAGACCGUGAGUUGGAAAUUUUCAAAAAUGGUGAAGGCGAAGAAGUAGGAGAGCCAGAUGAUGAGUAUGACGUGGCAAACAUAACCAAUCCCCAUUUGUGCAAUUUGCGUGAGAUUUUGUUGACUUACAACGAGUACAACACCGAGCUUGGGUAUGUACAAGGGAUGAAUGAUGUACUUUCGCCACUAUAUGUAGUGCUCCAGGAUGAGGUAUUAUCAUUUUGGGCAUUUGUUAACUUGAUGGAUAGAUUGGAAGGGAAUUUUGACCCUGAAUUGAGUGGUAUCAAACUGCAGCUCACCAAGCUUAUGAAGAUGACUCAACUCACUUUGCCAAAUUUGUACAAGCAUCUUAUUGAAUGUCAGAGUGAAGGGCUCUACUUUUUCUUUCGCCAUAUUCUACUCCAUUUCAAAAGAGAGUUGCGUUGGGACCAGGUACUACUGUUGUGGGAAGUUAUUUGGACAGACUAUUACACCAAUGACUUUCAGUUGUUUUUUGCCUUGGCGGUCUUGUCUGAUAAUGAAAGAAUCAUUAUCGAGAAUGUGCUGCAGCCUGAAGAAGUUUUAAAGUAUUUUAAUGACUUGCUGGGUCAUUUGGAUGUGAACAAGUUGCUAGUCCGGGCGGAGAUUUUAUACAAGUUGUAUGACCGUAUGACUUAUAUAGUUGAUUGA